CUGAAACGUACGAUGUUUCAUGUAAAGAAAACUUCCAAAUGCGGGCAGUACUUAUGUGGACAAUAAGUGAUUUCCCAGCAUAUGGUAUGUUAUCUGGAUGGACAACACAUGGAAGGCUAUCAUGUCCAUAUUGUCAAGAUAACACUGAUGCUUUCCAACUAAAACAUGGAAGGAAAACGUGUUGGUUUGACUGUCACAGGAGAUUCCUACCACCAGAUCAUCCAUAUCGCAGGAGUAGGAAUUUAUUUACGAAGAACAAGAGGGUGUUUGAUGAUCCAACACCGGAAAUCAGUGGGAGAGAAAUGUUGACACAACUAAGAGAUUUUGGUGCAGAAAGGACCCCAGACGUGGGUGGACAUGUGCAUUAUCCGGUAGAUGCUGUUGGAGAUCUACAUAACUGGCACAAAAAGAGUAUUUUCUGGGAUCUGCCAUACUGGAAGGAUCAUCUGCUGAGGCAUAAUUUAGAUGUCAUGCAUAUUGAGAAGAACUUUUUCGACAACCUGAUGAACACGAUCCUUAACGUUCAAGGUAAAACCAAGGAUAAUUUGAAGUCAAGACUGGAUUUAGUCGAUAUAUGUGCUCGUGAAGAACUUCAUGUUGAUGAGAAUGGCAGGGCUCCUUUUCCCAUAUACCGACUUGAUGCAGCGGCCAAAGAUGCGUUCUUUGAUUGGAUUUCAAAGGAUGUGGAAUUUCCAGACGGUUAUGCAUCUAAUUUGGGUAACUGUGUCGACAGAAGGGAAGGAAAGUUUACCGGCUUAAAGAGUCACGAUUGCCAUGUAAUGAUGCAGCGCCUCCUUCCGUUCGCCUUCAAGGAACUAUUACCAAAGAAUGUUUAUGAAGCAGUUGCCGGGAUAAGUGCUUUCUUCCGAGAUUUAUGCACGAGAUCAGUUACUCCUGAAUGUAUUGAAAACUUGAAGACUAACAUAGCCGUGAUUAAGUGCAACCUUGAGAAGAUAUUUCCUCCUUCAUUUUUUGAUGUUAUGGAGCAUCUUGUUAUUCACCUGCCAAGAGAAUUGGAACUUGGUGGUCCUGUUCAGUAUAGAUGGAUGUAUCUGUAUGAGCGGUAUAUGUUUCAUCUAAAGAAAAUGGUGAAAAAUUUAAGUAGGGUAGAAGGUUCUAUAGUGGCACAGUUUAUCAGAGCAGAAACUUCAAACUUUGCGGAGCACUACUUUCCAGGAGAAGUGCAGACGAAAAGCAGAAAACCCGCUCGGCAUGAUGAUAGAGGCGAAAGGGCAACAUAUUAUGUUACGGUUCCAGACAUCUUCACAGAUGUUGGACGACUCAGCGGAAAACCAAAGAACCGUCAACUUACUGAAGAGGAGCACAGUCAAUUGCAAAUAUAUUUGCUCACCAACUACGAAGAUGUUUUUCAAUACGAGAGGAUUUUCAUGGCGGAAAAGCGGUUCGAAUAUAGACACGCCACAGAGGAGGAACUAGAAGCACUGAAGAUGAGAGAAUUUGCUGGAUGGAUGCGUACUUAUGUGUCUGAUGGUAUGGCCAGAGGUGAAACAAUUAAUGAUUGGCUACGCGAGAUGAUUUGGGGCCCAAAGUAUGUUGUGAAGUCAUAUCCGAGAUUUGCUUCUCGGGGAUAUGCAUUCACAACUUCUAAGAGGAGACGUUCGAGUAAGACUUAUAAUGCUGGCGUUUGCUCUGCAGCUGGAGAUGAUGUAUACUACGGAAACAUACGCGAGAUUUUGGAAAUCGUGUAUCCGGGCAUGGUUGGAUUGCGGUGCACAGUUUUCUAUUGUGACUGGUACGACAACACUCCGGAUCGAGGUGUCACAACAGAUGCAUUUGGUGUCACAUCAGUACAUUCGAGGCGAAAACUGCCAUAUUAUGAUCCUUUCAUUCUUGCUUCUCAGGCCGAUCAGGUUUGUUAUAUCAAAUACCCCCGGGUUACGAACAGAGAUGAUCCAUGGGUUACUGUUACAGCACUCAACCCGAGAAGCCGAGUUCAAGGAAGUUCUGAGUUGGAAGACCCACUCCAACCAAACACAUCCGGCAACUUAAGUGCAGCAGGAGAUGUAGCUGCAGUUGAUCUUGUUAUCGAUUUCACCGAUUUUGGAGACGAAGCCGUUGUUCACGUCGAAGAUGAACCAGAGAUUGGAGAGUUUCACCAAGAUCCAGAUUCAGAUUCAUCUGGUGGUGAUGAUGGUGACUCGGGUUCAGAGGAUGAACCAGAGAUUGGAGAGUAGUAUAGUUUUUUUUUUUUUUUUUUUUUUUUUUCAGAAUUCCGAGGAAAUUCCGAGGAUCUUGAGGGUUUCCUCGGAAUUUCCUCGGAAUUUUACCUUGUAAAAUCAGAUUUUAGGGAUUUGAUUUUAGGGUAUAGAUUCCUAGGAAUUUCCUGGGAAAAUUCCCAGGAAAUUCCGACGGAUAUCAGCAUUUCGUGGGAAAUUCCUGGGAAUUUUCCCAGGAAAUUCCUAGGAAUUCAGCAUUUCGUCGGAAUUUCCUGGGAAUUUUCCCAGGAAAUUCCUAGGGAAUAAGGAUUUAGAAUCGAAAACACCAAUUUACGGUUCCCAGAAGACUUACGUAAGCCUUAGUAAGUGUCUUCAAUUGAUUAUGGGACAAGACAUUGGUGUUGUACCAAUUAAUGGCCACUUUUCCGAUUGUUGCACCGAGAUCCCCAAACAGCAAUGCAAGAUAAACACUUAUACACUUUAAUGAACCUAAACGACAAUACUUAUAUUCGAUUC